CACAGGCACAGCCCCAACGUCUCAACUCCGGCUGCCGUGAAACUGGACCCAUCGAGGUAUCACCGGCGUAUAGUGUCCGGCCGUUCGACCUCGCAUCCAGUCAACCACGAGCCACGUUAGGCGUGUCUUAUACGCGAUUUCUCCUUAGCUCUGGAGUGCCGAGGUAUUGCACACCUGCGCAGCAAUGGAGGCAUCUGCUGACUGUGAAAUCGAAGAAAAUUGUGAUGAAGAAUGGGAAUAUGUAGAAGAUGGCCCUCCUGAAAUUAUAUGGCAAGGAAACGAGAUUAUUGUUAAAAAGAACAGAGUUAGAGUGAAGAAGAAAGAUGGGGAACAUCUGGCAAUCAAAGAGGAUCCCUCUAGGCCAACAUCAAAUCCUUUACCUCCAGAGUCUGAUGAACACAAUAAUACUUCUACAAUUUCAGCACAAGAACUUUUGGAAGAUGUUGUGCAACAAACUCCAAAUUUUGGGACUGAACAAGAUAAAGCUCAUUGUCCUUUUCACAUCAAAACGGGCGCUUGUCGGUUUGGGUCACGUUGCAGCCGGAUUCACUUUUAUCCUGACAAAUCGUGCACCAUACUUAUAAAAAACAUGUACAAUGGACCUGGCCUUGUCUUGGAGCAAGAUGAGGGGCUUGAGGUCUGUUAUGAUGUCUUCAUGUGGCUCAAAACCGAACUACUGGUCUGAAACAAUGGAGAUACAGGAUUCUCGCUAUGGUUUGGUUGAAGACAAAAAAGUUCUGUAUCCUACUUGCAGCAUUAUUGAGUGUUUAGAAGUUUGAUAAAUUUGCUUGGUGUAGUUAUUUGUCUACGCUUUAUGAAUUAAGAUUUCCUGCUUUCUGUUUUGCACGGCAUCUGCUUAUACAGACACUCUUAACUACUUUGCUAUCCAGUGCACAGAUGAGGAGGUUGAACAUAGUUAUGAAGAAUUUUAUGAGGAUGUGCAUACUGAAUUUUUGAAGUUUGGAGAGAUAGUUAAUUUUAAGGUAUGCAAAAAUAGCUCAUCACAUUUGCGGGGGAAUGUCUACAUACACUAUAAAUCAUUGGAUUCUGCUAUGCUUGCUUAUCGGUCUACAAAUGGGCGUUAUUUUGCUGGAAAACAGAUUACAUGUGAAUUUGUUAGCGUGACAAAAUGGAAGGUUGCCAUAUGUGGAGAGUUUAUGAGAUCAAAGCUCGUGACAUGCUCUCGUGGAACAGCUUGCAAUUUUAUCCAUUGUUUCAGAAAUCCCGGCGGAGAUUAUGAAUGGGCAAAUUGGGAUAAGCCGCCCCCAAAGUAUUGGAUUAAAGAGAUGAGUGCCUUGUUUGGCUACUCAUAUGAUGAGUCGAUCUAUGACAGGAAAGUUGAAGAAGAUUUUGAGCAUUCAGCUGAUGUAUACAGGCAACACUCCGAAAGAUACCAUGGACGAGAGAGCCGAAGGUCUCGGUCAAGGGAGAAUAAGAGUUUGAGAAGCCACGAUAAGGAACACGAUGCUCGAAGGAGAGAACAAAGAAGCCAACCCAAUUGUCAUGUUGGGGAAAGAUGUGAAGAAGACACAAAGUCCAGAAGUAACCAGCAUCAUCAUCGUCAUCAUAAAAGCAGCUCUUAUGAUGGUGAACCUGACAGAUAUUGCUCUGGUGACAGGGAUGGGCUCAACCACAGUGAGGCUACCCGUAAAAGAUCAAGACACACCCUAUCUGAAAAAACUCAAACUAAAGUGUUCAAGAGUAGCAGCAGCAGCAGCGAUUCUGAACAACAAACACAAUCUAAAGAUCAUCAUGAUAAUAUUGUAUACAGCAAAAGGAGAAGAGUGGAAAGGUGGGAUGAGGAGAAAAAUACGGAUGAACGUUGGGAUAAGAGGAAGGAUAGCCGCCACCAAGCAACCAAGAGGAGAUCUUCAAGGUAUUUGAGUGAUGAUAAUAGCUCACCCAAUGAUGCUAAAAGAAGUGAUGAGGAUUUUGGUUCUGAUUGUGGAUACGAGAGCCGAAGUUCUCAUGGAACAAGACACCACUCUACUGGUGAAAAGGCUGACGAAACAGUGCGGUGGGAGCCCGAGAAAGAAGUCACUGGAGACUACCAUGGGAAACAUUUGGAAUCUGGCAAGAAGAGUCACAGAAGUCACCAUCGUAGCAGAAACCAUAAAGGCAAGUCUUAAUCUUUUUAUGUUUUUUUAAGAACACAGGCAAGUGUUAAUCUAUUCACAUAUCCUUUGUAGUACUGGGGUUAGUGUCUUGAUGUGUCUCUAUGAAUUAAAGAAUUAGGGCCGAGGAGAUAUAUAGAUCAUCAGUAAUACAUACUAUAUCAUUUCACCUUCAUGAACAAGUCAUUCCUUAGACUAUCAGAG